GGGCGCUCAUCCACCAGAGGCAUCUGAAAAGGGCCAGGCUGAUUUGUAACUUCACUCCCUGCCUGCUUGCCGAACGCAUAGCCACACGCAGCUUCGCUCCCAGCGCCAGCGAAAAUGUCGGAUCAAUCGGCUAUCGACACGGACGUAUGGACCCUUACGCGGUUCAUCACGGAAACCGGCCGACAGGCUAAGGGAGCGACCGGCGAGCUCACUCAGUUGAUAAACGCCAUGCUGACAGCGAUCAAAGCCAUCUCCUCGGCCGUCAGGAAGGCGGGGCUUGCUCACUUGCAGGGCAUUGCCGGCACAGUAAAUGUCACAGGAGAUGAAGUGAAGAAACUGGACGUUCUGUCCAAUGAUCUGGUCAUCAACAUGCUGCGAGCGUCCUACAGCACCUGUGCGCUGGUCUCAGAGGAAAACAAGGACGCCAUCAUCAUACCAGCCGACAAGAGGGGCAAAUAUGUUGUCUGCUUUGACCCAUUGGAUGGCUCCUCCAACAUAGACUGCUUAGCAUCAAUAGGCACAAUCUUUGCCAUUUACAAAAGAACUUCCGAGGGCGAACCGACUGAGAAAGACGCCCUGCAAAAAGGCGACAACAUCGUGUGCGCAGGGUACGCGCUGUACGGCAGUGCCACGCUGGUCGCUCUGACCACCGGGGCUGGAGUGAACUUCUUCAUGCUCGACCCGGCUUUGGGUGAGUUCAUUCUCACAGAGAGGAAUGUGAAGAUGAAGAAGCGUGGAAAGAUAUACAGCCUCAACGAAGGCUACGCCAUGUACUUCGAUCCUGCCCUGACUGAAUACUUAAAACACAAGAAGUUCCCUGAGGAUGGUAGCGCCCCCUAUGGAGCGAGAUAUGUGGGAUCCAUGGUGGCUGACAUUCACCGCACAAUUGCAUAUGGAGGAAUCUUCAUGUACCCGGCCAAUGAGAAGAGCCCAAAAGGAAAGCUGAGACUGCUGUAUGAGUGUAACCCCAUCGCUUACGUCAUCGAGCAAGCGGGCGGCUUGGCAACGACGGGGACACAGCGCAUUCUGGACGUACAGCCCGAGACCAUCCACCAACGGGUACCCUUCUUCGUGGGCUCCACGGAAGACGUGGAGGAGUACCUGUCCUUUGUUAAGAAGCAUCAGAAAUAGAAACUCGCCAAGCCACACUGUUCCCAGAUCAGUUUAAUUCAAGCAUCUCAAGUAAUCUGUCCGUAGGAUAGUUACUAUUAGCUAAACGCGUGGCAAAUGCACCGAGGGUCAGUAAAUCGCAAAGAAAAGAGUGUUGAAGCUGUUUCUUAAGAAUGCUAAGCAGUAAAGCACGAUACAUGCAGAACACUUUUUCAUGACGUCAGAAUGUAUUGAUUGUUCUUUUCUAUGAAAAGUACAAUAAUAAAGACUAACUUCACACUCCUUGGCCGAGGAUGAAAA